UUCCCAUGUAUUUCUGUCUCAUUACAGUGUCUCAUAAUUAACCAAACCACGUGUUUCUUAUUACACUCUAACUCAAAACCUAAAUAUCUAAGCAAAACACUCUCAAACUUUGUCGUUUCAAAUCUUCAUUUGAUCUAGGACUGGGUUUCGAUGGAAAACCUUAAAUCAGAGAGGAAACAAACCGUUCCAUGCGAUUAUUGUAGUGAACGAGUUGCAGUUAUUUAUUGCAGAGCUGACUCAGCAAAGCUCUGUUUGUUCUGUGACCAGCUUGUUCACUCAGCUAACUCGUUGUCGAAAAAACACGUAAGGUCACAGAUCUGCGAUAACUGUGGUAAUGAACCAGUUACAGUACGCUGUUCAACUGAUAAUUUGGUGUUAUGUAAAGAGUGUGAUUGGGAUGCUCAUGGUAGUUGUUCUGUUUCUGCUGCACAUGAUAGAAUCCCAAUCGAAGGCUUAUCUGGCUGUCCUUCAGCUUUAGAGUUGGCUGAUAUUUGGGGAUUUGAUCUGCAAGAUAAGAAAUUUGAUGAAUCAGAGUCGUUAUGUGAUGACUUGGUUAUGCAAACUGAGCCUUGGGUGUUUGAUAAACCCGACGGCGGCGGCGGCGGCGGCGGCGGCGGCGGAGGUGGAGUUAGUUAUUUUCAUGAUUUAAUUGUGCCUAAUGGUAAAGGUACGAUCUUUGGGAAUAUGAGUUAUUCGGAUGUGAUGAUGGCGUCAAAACGACAGCAGAAUCCGAGCUGUGGGAGGUUUACGCAAGUGAUUUUUAAGCAGUUGAUGGAGUUGUUUAGAAGAAAUUCAGCGAGUGGUGAUAGUGGUGGAGAGGAUUUGGUUUCCGGGACGACGAUCGGGCAGGGGAUUAAUGAUGAUGGUAACAAUGUGGAGGGUAAGGGAGGUGAUUUUGUGAAUGGCAUUGAUGGUGGUGGUGGUGUGAUUACCGAGCAAGAAUAUUUGCAGGAAGAAGCAGGAUUUACUUCAUUGCUGAUGAUGCCAUCUCACAUGGAUCUGAAAUCGUGUGGCGAUGGUGUGGUUAGUAAUGAGGGUCAUGUGAUGUGUGAAUGUACUGCUAAUGCUCAUGGUACUCAGAUAUGGGAUUUUAAUUUAGGACAACUGAGGACUCCUGACCAAUCUGAAGUGGCAUAUGGAACAAGCAAUGCAGGUUUCACCAUCAAGAAUUUCGGCAAACUAAUGAAAGAAACUUCAUCGAGUGACACAAAGAUGUUGGGAGAUUUGUACCAGAUAAAUUCCUCUAGCGCUCAUGAUGAUAUGACAUUGUUUAAUAGCUACUCGAAUAAUCCAACUACCAGCCGAGGUCUAGCUGCAUCGGAGAGUGAUAACCUAUCUUUUGUUAAGCUGAAAGAUGCUGGUGGCUGCAACGAUAUCGGUUUCAACGAACAGAAAAUUCUUAUUCGAGGCGACGAUGUGAGAACAGUGCCACCAAACAGGGCUGAUAUGGAGCUGCUGGCAAAGAACAGAGGCACCGCCAUGCAACGUUACAUUGAGAAAAAGAAGAACCGAAGAUUUGAUAAGCACAUACGAUAUGAAUCGAGAAAGGCAAGAGCCGAUACUAGGAAGCGAGUGAAGGGUCGGUUUGUAAAGGCUUGCGAUGCACCUUAUGGUUAAAAUUGUGACAUGUACUGAUCUUUUUGCUCUGGCUGUAAAUAAUUUUGACACUGUUCCAACUGUAAAUAUAUGAACUUUGAUUA